AGUUUGCAAUAACUGAAAAGAAAGCAGGCAUAUUCCAGUGCAACUCCUGCAGGAUAACAAAAGCAAGAAGCAAUGCAAACUGGGAAAUCUCCACCCCCUGUGAAAUGGAUACAUUUCGCGCAGUUUCUGCUGUUUGCUGACUGGCUUUUGUCUCUGCUGCCUGUGAAGAGAAGAGUGCAUGCACGAGUUGGAUCACUUAACAAAAGCAACAUAUGAAAGUGCACAUGCAAAAUUAAUGCAAGAGGAACGUAGACAUACUGACGUAGGUACAGAGCCUGAGUGUUCGGACAGUAUGGGCCGGGGGAAGCGAAAAAAGCGGCCAGUUGUCAUGUCCAGCGAAGAUGAGGAGAAUGAUGACAUCCAUCCUCUUCCUCCUCCACCCGGGGCUCUGCGAAUGCCUCCACCUCUUCCUCCUCCACCUGGGGCUCUGCGAAUGCCUCCACCUCUUCCUCCUCCACCCGGGGCUCUGCGAACGCCUCCACCUCUUCCUCCUCCACCCGGGGCUCUGCGAACGCCUCCACCUCUUCCUCCUCCACCCGGGGCUCUGCGAACGCCUCCACCUCUUCCUCCUCCACCCGGGGUUCUGCGAACGCCUCCACCUCUUCCUCCUCCACCCGGGGUUCUGCAAACGCCUCCACCUCUUCCUCCUCCACCCGGGGUUCUGCAAACACCUCCACCUCUUCCUCCUCCACCCGGGGUUCUGCAAACACCUCCACCUCUUCCUCCUCCACCUGGGGCUCUUCGAACGCCUCCGCCUCUCCAGCGUGCACCCGGGGCUCUGCAAACGCCUGCAGAGACGCCUGCAGCUGCCGAGUCUUUCAUCCCAAGACAAAAUAUUCGGGAUGGCAUGUUUUGGCGUAUUUUGAGACUACUGGAGGACCUGAAAGACACUCAAGUGGAACAUGGGAGAAUUCUCCAGGCCCUCGUGCAAAAUCAUCAAAACAUGCCUGACCUAAUUCGCACCACUCCUGAAGGUUUCCCCCUAAAGGCAAUUACUGAUCUAAUGUCCAUGGAGGAGAAACUGCAAGACCCCACCUUCAUGGCAGAACUGAUUGCAGCUGUGGCUGACAUUGGAGGGGCCACUGUUGACGGGGUCACCCGCCGUAUGAUGGCCUUCCUCCUUGAACACAAGUUUUCAAGAGGGUUCAACUUCUUGGGAAGAAAUGGCAAGAGGGGCUUCAAGCCCCUCAAGCUGUUUGAAGUCGUUUAUGGAGCCUUGAAGAAGAACACGAUGACUCGUACCAUCAUAAAGGAUGCGGAGAAGGCAGUCUCCAAAUGGCUCAUUGGGGCUAGGGAUGGGGGGGGGAAUAGAAGGCCCGUCAGGCCAGAGUAGCAGCUCCUCCAGAAAUGUAAUUUUUUUCUUUUUUUUUUUUCUUUCACGCAUACAUGCGUGCACACACACCUCUCUCACACACACACACGCGCGCGCGCACGCACACACACACCACACACACAUAAAUGCAGACACACAUGCAGAUACACAC